AUGGCAGCAUUUGACACGCCGUGGCUGUCGCAUCUUGCACCGGCGCCCAUGUCUUCCCGUGAUGAUGCGUCUCAUGGCGCAUCACCUCCCUCGUACGAACCACAACCUUCAAAUACUGGUGCUCCUCCGACAUUUGCAUCUUUCUCUCCAGUGACUCUCUCCGCGAAUACACCAUCCCGAUCGUCCCGAAGAUCAACCAUCCUCGUCCAUCAAAAGAGCCCCCUGCUCCUCGCUACUCCUCCACAGAUCACCCGCGCUCUCGCCUACAGCCAUCCCUUCCUCCUCCCGUUAAAUACAUUCGCAGGUCUCCUCACCUGGAGCACUGGCGAUCCUUGGCAGAGCUUCUUGCUAUUGUGCUUCUUCUGGGCGGUUGUUCUGUAUGGCGAUGUAGUAAUAACGUGGGCCGGCCCUGUCUUGGUAGGAGUGGCACUCAUUGUUGGCAUGUACGGCCGGAGAUACAGUCCCCUCAGUAGUAGUGGGUGGACUGAUAUUCGAGGUCAGAAUGCUGGCACCAAGGGAGCAAAUCAAAACGCCGGCGAGAGCAGCCAGCAGAAUGGAAAGGCAAACGCCAGCGAGAAACAGUCGAAACAUGCAAGGGGAAAUUCCGAAGUUACCAACACCAAACAUCAGAAGACACUAGACGAGAUCGUCGAGACUCUUAAACAACUUACUGGGAGAUGUAAUGUUCUGAUGGAACCUCUGCUCGACAUGACGGAUUUUCUAAGCACUCAGACGACCCCAACUAGUGCGACCACGCGCCCUGCGCUGACGGUCAUCUUCAUGCGACUGCUUAUCAUCACGCCUAUUUGGAUUGCGCUUACUGUUCCGCCCUGGAGAGUUGUCACAACAAGACGUGUAAUACUAGUGGCCGGAACUAUCAUCUUGACUUGGCAUGCAAGGGUUCUGCGAGUGUCGCGGGCCAUUCUCUGGAGAAGCUCCACAGUUAGACGACUUGCAGCCGCCAUCACCGGGUUGCAGUUUGAUACUCCUGAACAACCGUUCAAAAAGGACUUGGCUAAGGCUGCUAAGAAAGGCCCGGACCGUGUUGCUCAACAGCAGGAAUCCGAACUUGCAAAAGCCCUUGGCAAGUCGUCGAGCUUCCAGACUAAUCAUGGAAGAAGGAAUGGCAAUGCAAAGACUGCGGGUGUCAAGUUCACGUUUAUCAUUUAUGAGAACCAAAGACGAUGGAUUGGUCUGGGCUGGACGAAUAAUCUCUUCGCAUAUGAACGAGCGGCCUGGACGGACGACCAUAACAACUCAGUUCCCGCUAAAGAUGAUUUUGAACUACCCGAGGUAGAAGACGGAAGUCGUAUGCAGUGGCGAUGGGUUCCUGGAACCCGUUGGCGUGUUGACGGUGUGUCUGAUGAGCAUGGUCCUGUGGACUAUGAUGGGAAUGAGGGGAAGAAUGGCUGGAUCUUCUAUGACAACAAGUGGCAAAAUGGCCAACGGGGUCAGGAUGGAUGGGGUCGCUGGACCCGACGAAGAAAGUGGUAUCGUGAUGCCGAGUUGGUUGAGGUGGAUCGGCCGGAAGAGGGCCAGGAGAUUGAGAAGGAGCUUAAAGAAUCUCCUUCAGUAACAAAACUCAGGUCUCAACCAUACAACUCCAGCAACGAAACCAUGGUUCCCACACGGGCUGUGCCCGACCAGAGUCACGCUGAAGACGUCAGUAACGAUGACGCGAGCUCCAAAGCAGCAGACGAUUCCUUGUCAGUACACUCGACAUCUUCCAGAUCUUUCUUCAAGUCGCCUUUGAUGCGGAAACGAAUCGCUGACCGAUCCGGAGCGGAUAACAAAGAGCGCACCAGAAGAGACAGUAGGACUAGUAGGACGAGUAGUCUGUACAACGAUGAUGACGCCGAUGCUCUAAGUGCUGAGUUGGCCCUUGAAAUCCAGAAACAAGUCCCUCCUCGAGAUGCGAAUCGCACUCUUCGCAAAAAGAGAAGCAACCGCUCCAGCGCCCUAACCCUCUCCCUAUCACCCGAACGCGCUCAACAACCUCAGCAACGAAACCUUACCUCUCCUGCGAAAGCGUCGCCGUCAAUGCGAUCGUCCCUCGUUUCCCCCGACCUUCUCUCUCGAAGCGCUUCAUCAGCAACACAUCACCGCAACAUCUCCGGCUCCGGUCCAUCACCAGGAACAUCACUCGCUAGUAUCGACUACCCUUCCCGCGCCGAAUCAGCACUCACCAUUCGAGCUCCUACUGUGCAUGAAAGAGGUGGCUCGCCACCGCUUACGCCGUUUCCUCCAUGGGUUAGUGAGGAGGAAGAUGAAGGUGAUGGAGAGUGCGAGAACAGAAACUGGGAGGGGUCUAUGACGAGGACGGAUGGGAAGAGGCAUAGUUAUGAUGGAGGGCAUGUUCCUGUGACUAUUAUGAGGGUUGAGGGGAGAUGGGUUGUUAGUUCUGUGGUACAUGGACUCGUGCUCAUGUUGCAAUUUGCGGUGACACUAGGUGUUUUCAGUGCCUUGAUGUGGGUUACCGUUUGGAAGGAGAAUGAACCUGGUAACGACUUUGACAACUGGCUCUGGAAAUUCGCGGACCCCACCCUGGUCGUUGUCCUUCUUCUCUGCUCAGCAAGUCUUCUGAUCCACGAAGUCAAACUCCUUUCGUCUGUAGCACUACUCUACCUUGAGUCUCUCAUUCUAUCUGCCACGACAGUAUCUAGUCUCGUGCUUUGGGCGCGGUGCUUUCAAGAGGAGAGCCGCAGUGUCAAAGGUGUAUUGAUGGGUUGCAAUGUCAUGAUAUGGGGACUUGCUCUCUUUGGAUUCAUCCGAGCUGUUGUUAUAUGGAAAGUAGAGUCUCAAGAUGAUGAAGGCGAUCAGGAGAGGGCGGUUUUGUACGGGACGUUUGUGCCUUGGGAUGGGAGGAGGGAGUCUGUGUGA